CAUAAUUAGGAGACUUGUCUCUUGUAUAUAUUCGAGGCUUGACCUCCGAGAUUAAUACAGAAAUUAAUCUUUCUUCAUGGUAUCAGAGCCUCUUUCCGUGGCCUAAAACCUAGAAACUCCUUCUCUCUCGUGCGCGUCUCACAGCCGCACUCCCCAAACCCUAACGCCGCAGCCCACUGCUCGGCGUUCCCCCCCUCUAUCUCACCGGGGACUGCCAUUCCCCAGCAGCGCCACUCACAGACAGCAAUCUCCCCAGCGUUGCACCAGCAGUCUCUCCAGCGACGCACUAGUGCAGCAGCCCCUCUCCAUGGCCGAGAAACCUUCCUCCGACAAGUCUCCUUCCCCGGUCUCAACUCCUCACCUGGCUUUCACGACCAUCUCGAACGUGAAACUUCACGUUCCGAUCCUCUUAAGCUUUACGGAGCCGAACUACCAAAAAUGGAGCCGCCUCUUUCUCCUAUUGGUUCGGCGCUUCUCCCUCGGUGACUUUCUCACCAGAAAAUCGGUCCCCUCCAACAACGACGACACCGAUUGGUACCAACUCGAUGCUCUUAUCCAGGGUUGGAUCCUCUCAACGAUCAACGACGAGGUAUCCGACUUAGUCCUCUCCUCUACCGACUCGGCGUCCGAACUUUGGCGAUCCAUUCACUCUCUUUUUCAUGACAAUAAACCGGCCCGGGCAAUGCAACUGGAGCACCAAUUCCGGACAACGAAGAAAGGCUCGCUCUCCAUAUCGGCUUAUUGUCAAACUCUCAAGAAUUUAGCCGAUUGGUUGGACGACGUAGAUGCCCCUGUCUCGGAACAGCAGUUGGUGUUGCAGGUUCUCCGGGGGCUGCCUGACGACAUGCGGGGUCAAACCUCCUUCCUCCAGUUCCAAACUCCUCCGCCAACGUUUCUUCAAACCCGCUCAGCACUUCUUCUCCUGGAGCGUCAGCAAUCCGACUUGGACAGCGCCGAUCCAUCACCUGGCACGGCCCUCUUCUCGGCUGGUCACACCGGCGCUCACCCACACAGCCCCAUGGGUGGGGGUCGUGGUUCCUUCAGCAGCAGCGGCGGUCGAGGGCACUCAGGCAGCGGCGGCAGUCGAGGAAGGGGAGGUCAGCGCAACCGUGGACGAGGCCGAAGCUCCGGGUCGAAUCCCCGCACCACCCAUGGACAGCAGCCCUGGCAGUCACCAAACCCUAGCCCCUACCCCGGCCUUCUCGGCCCCAAGCCCACGUACCCACCCCUACCNCAGCCCGCAACCCCACCACCCCCUACACCCACUGCUUUAGCCCACAACUUUGACACCCUUAGCCUCCGUGACCCCACGUGGUACAUGGACACCGGUGCAUCUCACCACAUCGCCUCCGACCAAGGAUAUGCAGACAGGGUCCGUGAUUCAUCGGUCCAAUGAUGCCGGCCCACUCUACCCUAUGAGCCCACAAGCCACCAAGGCCCAAGCCAACAUCACAACCAUUGAUCCAGAACUAUGGCACCGGCGUCUUGGCCACCCCAGCCACAGCGUCCUUCGUGGAGUCCCGUCCUUAUCUAAGUGUCUUAAUAAACAUUUUCAGAAUUC